AUGUCAGGACAAACUUACUUUAUCACCGGUGCCAAUCGUGGUAUCGGUUUCGAAAUCACCAAGUAUUUAGUUGCUUCAAACCCAGAGAAUAAGAUUAUCGCUACCGUUCGUGAUAUUUCAAAAGCAACUGCCUUAAAGGAAUUAAGCAAGAAUGUUAUCGUAUUCUCUCUUGAUUUAGGAAAUCAGCAAUCAAUUGAUGCUAUUCCUUCUGAAUUAGAAAAAAUCAAAGUUGAUGCUAUUGAUGUCUUUGUUUCAAAUGCUGCUAUUGCUGAUUCUUAUCUUACUGUUUUAGAUUGCCCAAAGAAAACUUGGUUAGAACAUUAUGAAAUUAAUGUAUUGGCUCCAAUUUUAAUCUUCCAAAAAGUUUAUAAAGCUUUAACUAAAUCAACCACUAAGAAAGUUGUUUUUAUCUCAUCUGGAGCUGGUUCACUCACUGGUUAUGUUCCAACUCCAGUCAGUGCCUAUGGUCAAUCAAAAGCAGCUCUUAACUUCUCUGUUAUUGAAUUGAGUGCUGAAUUAAAACCUGAAGGUUUCACUGUUGCUGCUAUUUCACCUGGUAUUGUCUCAACUGAUAUGGGAUCUUAUGGUUUUACCAAAAUCAGUGCUAACUCUCCACAUUUAGUUGAAGCUCUUUCUGGUUUAUCAUUAACUCCCGAACAAAGUGGUACUGCUGUUGGUAAAGUUAUUGAAACCUUAAGUGAAGAGGAUAAUGGUAAAUUCCUUAACUUCGAUCAUACUGAAACUCCUUAUUAG